AUGGGAACCAAUUCGAAAGACAGUGAUAAAAAUAGUUUAAAAAUUAUCAAAAAUAAAUCUCUAAAAGAGUUACCAGAGAAGAAUAUAUUAAUUAAAUUAAUUAAAAAACAAAUUGAAUGGUUGCAAAAAUAUUCUACUGAUAUUAAUACAUUUUAUGUGGUUCCAUUGGUUAAACAUUCUACCAGACCUCCACUAAAAUCUUUAAUAAGAAGCUGCAACAAUGAAAAAGAAGAACAAAAUGAAUUAAAUGAUAAUUUAUCAAAAAGAGAUAACGAUUUCAAAGCAAAAAUAAAAGAAUUAACAUUAGAUUUAUCUCAAAGUACAGAAUUCUAUAUACCAGUACAAAAGCAACGCUGGAUGAGUGUUGGCGAAUUAUCAGUACUUCAUCGUAUUAGAAUUUUAUCUCAAAUGAUAGGAACUUUUACUACGCUAAAGGAUUUUCAAAUUGAUAUUAUUGAAAAGUACUAUGACAAAUUAGUUUCUAAAAAAGAUUCUAACAUUGCUACAUUGAUAAAAAACUUUUUAAAAGGGUUAUGGUCAUGCAUUUUGAUUCCAGAUAUUUUUAAAUUUGAUGUUAUUGAAUAUGAAUCAAUUGAUGAAGAAAUAAGAAAACAUUUUCCAAUAUCAUUAUUUAAAGAAAGAAAUAAGAAUGUCCUUAGAAACCAACCUAUACAUAUUAAUUAUAUUAAUCCAACAGAAUAUGUGAGAGAAUUGGAAGUUCAGAUAAAUUGCUUGCGUACAAUAACUCAUCUUAUUAUAAAACCAAUGAUUGAUCUAACUGAUCAAGCAUACUAUAUGUCAAAAGAAUCAAAAAAAAUUUUACAAUCACUUUUAACAUUAAAGAAAGUAUACAAUAAUUUACCCAAUAAAUACUAUUUUCUCGAAACACAUCCUUUACAUAAAGUUUAUGGUGAACUACUCAAUGAAUCACCUGAAAAUGAUGGCCUCAUAUUUAAAUAA